AUGCUUCAAAUGGCUUCCACACUUAUUGACAAGGAAAACUGUCCGGUCAGUGGUAUUAGCGGCAAGGAUAAUUCUGCCAAAGAUACUGAUUUUUUAAUGGUGGAUGCAAAAAAAGCCUUUGUUCUUCGGGUUAAAAGAAUGAAUGAAAAUGCAACUCUUCCAACUUACGGAUCUCUACACGCCGCUGGUGCUGACCUUUAUAGUUCUGAGGAAUUUGCCAUACCAAGCGGUUGUUAUGGGCGCGUUGCACCAAGAUCUGGCCUCGCUGCUAAACAUUUUAUUGGUGUCGGCGCAGGUGUAAUUGACUCAGAUUACAGGGGAGAAGUUAAAGUGUUGUUAUUUAACUUUGGAGAAGAAGAUUACCAAGUGAGAAAAGGUGAUAGGAUUGCACAGUUAAUAUGUGAACGUUACGAGGGUUGCCAGAUCGUUGAGGAGGAAAAAUUAACCGCAACUGAUCGAGGUGCAGGCGGGUUUGGCUCGACCGGAGUUUGA